AUAAGCUAGUUUUGUAGAUUUAAGACACCAAUCUUGCCGGCCAAAUCUUUGGCAUAUCCUCUUGUGCAUACUUGAUUUCAGUUUAAUUUUUUUAUUAAUCAACAAAUUGACUAUAUCAAGAUUAAUAUACAUAUAAAAACAGCUAAUUAGCAGACCAGACAUGUAAUCUCUUGUGUAAUUCACAAAUAAAUUGUUUACAUCGACAAGGUUUUGUUUACAGACACAAAAAGAUCUUUAAAUUCAUUAACAAACAAACACAAAGUGACAAAUAAAGAUUAUACUAACCUUCAACUUCAUUCUAUUGCAUUAAUUUCCUCUACUUCUUUUCUUGCAUACAAUCUUAUGGCUUCUCAGAAACGCGGUUUUCUGCUUCUUGUUAUUGUUAUUGUCACCUCAUCUUUGAUCCACACGAUCAUCGCUCUUCCAAACGAGUUCCCCUUCACUUGCUUUAAGGACUCCAAACCUUGCAACUCUAUACUCUACCAACACAAUGAUCUUACAGAAGACAGCAUCUCAUCGCUUUACUUGGUUAACAAAUCACAAAUUCAGACUAUUGGCCAAGGAGACAAGCGACACCACCUUGUAACGGUUCGGUGUUCUUGCCAGAACGUGAAAAACACGAUUGCAUACUUUUACGACACCAUCUAUCCGAUAAAAGAACAUGAUACAUUCUUGAAGGUUUCUAAUCAGUUUUAUAGUGGGCAAGUUUGGGCGAUUGGAGAUGAAGGUUCAAACUUUCCAGCUGGCACAAAUGCCACUAUGCAUUUGUUGUGUGGGUGUGCUGAAACCGAUUCUCAAGUUAUGGUCACGUAUACUGUUGAGCCACUUGACACACUUUCAGAUAUUGCUGAUCGGCUCUCGGCUGAAGUGAGUGAGAUCGAGAGUGUAAACAGUGCUUUGGUUCAGAAAACCGGGUUCAUAGAGGUUGGUUGGGUUUUGUAUAUUCCUAUGUAUAAGAACGGAGCUCCAUCACGAAAAUUAAAGAAAGGAAAAGAUCAUAAGUGGGCGAUUAUAUUUGGCACACUAUUAUCAGUCGUCGCAGUUUUACUAUGUGUCUCGAUAAUAUUAAUGUUCAUGAAGAGGAAAAGAUCCAAAAAACAUGACAACGAAAACCUAAAGGCCGAAUCUAAAAUCAUGAGCUUUAAUAAAUCCGUAGCUUCAACACACACUCGGUACCUCAGUAAAGAAAGUAUGGAAGGAUUAACAGGUUUUGAUACAGAAAGACCGUUAAUAUAUGAUUUUAACGAGAUAGCUGAGGCUACAAAUAAUUUCGACGACACUAGGAAAAUUGGAGAAGGUGGAUAUGGGAGUGUAUAUUUCGGUAUACUAGGAGAGAAGGAGGUUGCGAUAAAGAAAAUGAGAUCUAACAAGUCGAAAGAAUUUCUAGCAGAACUCAAAGUCUUAUGCAAGAUUCAUCAUAUUAAUGUGGUGGAGUUACUUGGAUUUGCUAGCGGAGAUGAUCAUUUGUACCUGGUUUAUGAGUUCAUUUCAAAUGGAUCUUUAAGUGAGCAUCUUCAUGACCCAUUACUCAAAGGUCAUCAGCCACUUUCUUGGAUUGCAAGAGCACAGAUUGCAUUGGAUGCUGCAAAGGGUAUCGAGUAUAUUCAUGACCAUACGAAGGAGCGAUAUGUACACCGUGAUAUUAAGACAAGUAACAUCUUACUUGAUGACCGCUUACGAGCAAAGGUUGCAGAUUUUGGUUUAGCAAAACUUGUUGGAAGAACAAAUGAUGAUGAUUUUGUAGCAACUCGCCUUGUUGGAACCCCGGGAUAUCUUCCGCCAGAGUCCGUCAAAGAAUUGCAUGUAACAACAAAAACCGACGUUUUUGCAUUUGGUGUGGUUCUAGCAGAGCUUAUAACUGGAAAACGAGCACUCAUGCGUGACAAUCGGGAGCCCAAUAAAAUGAAAUCACUCAUAACAGUUAUAACCAAAGUAUUCGAAGAAGAAGAAGAAGAUCGAGAAGGCGCACUAGUAUCCAUUAGAGACGGUAGUCUCAGGGACAGUUAUCCUGUUGACGAUCUAUACAAGAUGGCUGAAAUUGCAUAUUGGUGUCUAAGCGAAGAUCCGAACAACAGACCAGAAAUACGAGAGGUAGUUGAGUCUUUAGCUCGAAUAGUAAUGUCAUCAAUUGAAUGGGAAGCGUCAUUGGGCGGGAGUAGCCAAGUUUUCAGCGGUGUUUUUGAUGGCCGCUGAAAAUGUGUCAAUCAGUUUUCUUUUAUGCGUAAAUUAAACCGAAACAGUUACCAUGUUUGCAAUCUUCUUAUACUAAUUGCCUGCAGUGUUACUUUUCUAAGUUGAAAGUUAGAACCGAUUUCCUCUUAUUUAUUCGUAGCUAAAUAUCUCUUCUACUUUGAGGGUCGUUUCGUAUUUACUAAAUUCAUAAUGCAACAUGUGACAUGAUAAUACUGCCAAA